GCAUCCAGCCCGGCUGGCUUCCUUCCCAGCCCUCUUUCCCUCCUCCUCCUCCUCUUCCUCCUGUAUGAGUCAGGCAUUUCCCGGGGAAUCGGAGCAGCCACGCGCGGCCCGGGAGCCCGGAGCUGCAGCAGCGGCGGCUGCAGCUGAGGCAGCGGCGGCGGCGGUGGUGGGGCAGCCACCGCGGCGGCCACCCGCGCCCCGGGCGCACAGCGAUCAUGGAGAGGGCGACCCAGAGCGCAGACGGCGGCGGCGGCGGGGGCAGCAACAGCAGCAGCCGUAGCAGCAGCCGGGCCACCUCGGCGGGCUCCUCGCCCUCCUGCUCCCUGGCUGGCCGAGGGGUGGCCGGCCGAUCGGCGGCCGCGGGACUGGGCGGCGGGGGCAGCCGCAGCAGUCCCGGCUCGGUGGCCGCUAGCCCGUCCGGAGGAGGCGGCCGCAGGAGGGAGCCGGCGCUCGAGGGCGUGCUCAGCAAAUACACCAACCUCCUCCAGGGCUGGCAAAACAGGUACUUCGUGCUGGAUUUCGAGGCUGGCCUCCUGCAGUAUUUUGUGAAUGAACAGAGCAAACAGCAGAAGCCCCGAGGAGUCUUGUCUUUGUCUGGAGCCAUCGUGUCCCUGAGUGACGAAGCGCCCCACAUGCUGGUGGUGUACUCUGCCAACGGAGAGAUGUAUAAACUGAGAGCUGCUGAUGCAAAGGAGAGGCAGUUCUGGGUGACUCAGCUUCGAGCUUGCGCCAAAUAUCACAUGGAGACCAAUUCCAAGACUACUCCAAGUUCCCGAAGCCGGAGUCUCACUUUGCUCCCCCAUGGAACACCCAAUUCUGCGUCUCCCUGUAGCCAGAGACACCUCAGUGCGGGGGCCCCCGGUGUUGUCUCAGUCACGCAUCACAAGUCGCCUGCAGCUGCCCGAAGAGCCAAGAGUCAGUAUUCCGGCCAACUUCAUGAAGUCAGAGAGAUGAUGAACCAGGUGGAAGGUCAGCAGAAGAACCUCGUGCACGCCAUCGAGUCCCUGCCAGGCUCCGGCCCCCUCACUGCCUUGGACCAGGACCUGCUUCUCCUGAAGGCUACCUCUGCUGCCACCCUCAGCUGCCUCGGGGAGUGCCUCACCCUGCUCCAGCAGAGUGUGCGCCAGGCGGGCCCACCUAGCCACAAGCCAGGGGCCUCAGAAACCAUCCUGGGAUGGCAUGGGCCCACGUCACAUUCCACAGAGCAACUGAAAAAUGGGACCCUUGGCUCUUUGCCCUCGGCCAGUGCCAACAUAACGUGGGCAAUCCUACCCAACUCUUCGGAAGAGGAGCAUGGCUCGCAGCCGGAACCAGAGCCAAACUCAGGCCCUGAACUGGUUUUGUCUGAAGAUGAACAAAGCGACAAUGAAGACAAGGAAGAGACAGAGCUGGGUGCCCUGGAGGAUCAGCGCAGCGUAAUCCUUCACCUCAUCUCACAGCUGAAACUGGGCAUGGAUUUAACCAAGGUGGUGCUCCCCACGUUCAUUCUGGAAAAGCGGUCCUUGCUGGAGAUGUACGCAGACUUUAUGGCACACCCCGACUUGCUGCUGGCCAUCACUGCCGGGGCGACGCCAGAGGAGAGAGUCAUUAGCUUUGUGGAGUAUUACCUUACAGCCUUCCAUGAGGGCCGCAAAGGCACCCUGGCCAAGAAGCCCUACAACCCCAUUAUCGGCGAGACCUUUCACUGCUCCUGGGAGGUCCCUAAGGACAGAGUCAAAGCAAAGCGGACUUCUUCCCAUUCUCCUAUCAGUUGUCAUGAGCAUCCGAUGGCCGACGACCCUAGUAAAAGCUAUAAACUCAGGUUUGUGGCUGAGCAGGUGUCCCAUCAUCCACCAGUCUCCUGCUUCUACUGUGAGUGCAAGGAGAAGAGACUGUGUGUCAAUACUCACGUAUGGACCAAAAGCAAGUUCAUGGGCAUGUCCGUGGGGGUCUCCAUGAUAGGUGAAGGUGUACUUCGGCUCCUGGACCAUGGGGAAGAAUACGUCUUCACGCUGCCCAGUGCCUACGCCCGCUCUAUCCUCACUGUCCCAUGGGUGGAGCUUGGAGGGAAGGUCAACAUCAAUUGUGCCAAGACCGGGUACUCUGCCACCGUGACGUUCCACACAAAGCCUUUCUAUGGUGGGAAGGUCCACAGGGUCACAGCCGAAGUGAAACACAACCCAACCAACACUAUUGUCUGCAAAGCGCACGGGGAAUGGAACGGCACCUUGGAGUUCACCUACAGCAACGGGGAGACCAAAGUCAUUGACACGACUGCCCUGCCUGUGUACCCUAAGAAGCUCAGACCUCUGGAGAAGCAGGGGCCCAUGGAGUCCAGGAACCUCUGGCAGGAAGUCACCCACUACCUGCGGCUUGGUGACAUCGAUGCAGCCACAGAGCAGAAGCGGCGCCUGGAGGAGAAGCAGAGGAUGGAGGAGAGGAAACGGGAGACCCUUCGCACACCAUGGCGGCCCAAGUACUUCAUUCCGGAGGGUGAUGGCUGGGUGUACUUCAACCCCCUCUGGAAGACACACUGAUGGGCGAGGUGCAGUGCUGCCCUCCAUAGGCCUGACUGUAGGAAUUAAAGUGGUACAGUAUCAAGACUCUGUUGGCCUCUGCUGACCCUCUUGUUAGCAUUCACGUCAGAGAGAGGGGUUAUAUACUGUGAAACAUGCACCCCAAGUUCUGCCUGAGGAUUGAUUCAAGAGCCAGCUGAGGCCUGAGUGCACACAACACACCCGCCAAGGCUGAACUGGGUCAUCUUGAGCUCCUCUGUAUUGACGAGGAUUGAUGUUUUCUAUUUUUCACUUUGCCAAGGUAGUUUUGCACUUAUGAAGGUAUUUUCCACUCUCCCAAUUCCUGACACAAUGCAGGUUGACGUGGCAUGGCCAGUUGAAGUCCCUGUCUGAAAAAGGGGCUCAUUUCUGGCAGAAGGGCGGGGGUCGCCACCCUUUGCUGAUGAUUGUUAUGAUCCAAGUCCACACCCAGGAAAGAGCAAGUGGGCCUUCCUGUUGGCAGGGGACAGGAAGCCACUGAUGGCUGAUGUGGAAGCCUUCUAGAAGUGAGUGGCUCUGGAAGAAUCAGAGCCAGGGCCCCCUUGGUAGUUUUAGCCUAUCUUCCUGACACUUCUCAUGCCCACAGCAUGAACCUCUAUGUUCUGCACAGCAGAAAACAAAUCAGUCAUGACAAAGGGCUCUGGAAGUUCCAUACACGCAUGCACACACUACAUGGACCACCACUGCCUCAUAUCUAGUUGGGGAAAGAAAUGAGUCUGUGUAAUUUUUUUCCCUUGAUUUUGACCCAAAAUGCAAGAAAGCCACUGUAACUAGGAUACCUGAGUCCCCUCAGUCCCAGCUGAGUAUCAGUCUCCAGCCUUUGCACAGGUCAAACACAGAACCAACAAAAUCGAGAAAAGGAAAGUCCACUUUGAUUUCUGUUGAGUGCUUAAUUUAUUUUUCACCGUGCCACUCCAAUAAUGUUUAUAAAAUCCAGUAGCAUGAAUGCUUCUCUGCAGUAAUACUAAUUUUGUGCCUUUUGUCCGCUUUCUUAAGACCAACUGUUGACACUUUGUAGAUAUUAGACAAAUAUAUUUCCAUUAAAUA